ACAGAGGAAGAAGAACUACCGUCAAUAUGUUACCGACCUAAACACCGGAGCAGUCAGCGGAGAGGAGCCGUUAGCUGGAACCAAAUAACGGCAGAAAACCCCCGAGGAGUUAGUCUGCUACUCAGAGAUGGACCGACACCGGAAACAGCUGGAGGUGGUUUUAAAACCGGAGUCGAAGCUGCGAGGAGAAGCUUUACCUUCAGAUGUCCAGAAAGUGAUUGUUGGUGAAGAACAUCAGCAGGAGUGGAGCUCCAGUCUGGACCAGGAGGACACAAAGCCCCCACACAUUAAAGAGGAACAGGAGGAACUCCAGAUCAGUCAGGAUGAAGAGCAGCUUCAAGGGCUGGAGGAGGCUGAUAUCACCAAGUUCACAUUCACUCCUGUCCCUGUGAAGAGUGAAGAUGAUGAAGAGAAACCUCAGUUCCCACAGCUUCAUCAAAGACAAACUGAACAGAUGAAAACAGAAGCUGAUGGAGAGGACUGUGGUGGACCAGAGCCAGCCAUGAACUCAGAUCCAGAUACACAUUUAAAAUUACUAACUGACGACGAGAAUGGAGACUUUUUAAACUCUCUGAAUAACAAUGAAGUCCUUGUCAGUAAUUCAUGUACUACAGUUGAGAAGGAGUAUGAGAAAAGAUUUGGCACCAGUGGACAUCUGAAGCGACACAUGAGCUCUCAUACAGGAAAGAGAUCAUUUAGCUGCUCAGUCUGUAAGAAAGCUUUUAUAAGAAGUGGAAAUUUACAGAAACACAUGAGAAUUCACACAGGAGAGAAACCAUUUAGCUGCUCAGUCUGUAAGAAAGCUUUUACAGAGAGAGGACAUUUAGUGACACACAUGAGAACCCACACAGGAGAGAGACCAUUUAGUUGCUCAGUCUGUAAGAAAGCUUUUACAGAGAGAGGACAUCUAAAGGCACACAUGAGAAUCCACACUGGAGAGAGACCAUUUAGCUGCUCUGUCUGUAAGAAAGCUUUUAUACAGAAUGGCCAUUUACAGAAACACAUGAUACUCCACACUGGAGAGAAACCAUUUAGCUGCCCAUUCUGUAAGAAAACGUUUACAAUGAGUGGACGGUUACGGCAACACGUGAGAAUCCACACUGGAGAGAGACCAUUUAGCUGCGCCGUCUGUAAGAAAGCUUUUACAGCGAGUAGUACUUUACAUAGACACAUGAGAACCCACACAGAAGAGAAACCAUUUAGCUGUGUGAAGUGGACCUCUAGUCUAAGGAGAGCAGAGAACCUCAGUCAGGUUUAAACAAUGAAAAUAAAUUAAGUCUCUUAACGUGGUAUACGAUGUAAUACUCUGGGUCCUUAAAAUUUAAAAUAUAAUAAUUAGAAUGUUAGGCUUUAAAAUGUCUUGAAUAUGAUUUUGAUGUGUUAAAAAUGUAUUGGAUUAGGAAGUUAAUGUGUCUGUUGGUAUCCCAUAAACUGGACUUCUUAAGAAAUGAAAGAGCCAAUCCAUGCAACCCCAGCUUCUUAAAUCCCAAGGAACUGCCACCCAACUCAGUCUCCCUUAAGUGU